AAUGGCUGUGUUUUGUUGUAGGAAGGUGUUGUCUGGUUAGUUAGUGUCUGAUCUGUUUCUGCUUGGUGUUAAAGUACAGAGAGAGGGAGAGGCUGUGUGUGUCAGAAGGAGGAGUCCGAUGUAAGAUGAGGCUAUAGAUGAAGUGGUUGGACAUUGAUCAGGGUUUAUAGAGUGGGUGGAAAAUGCAACAGGAGUUUUGUUGUCUUCUUGGAUGUCUCUACAGUCCUACAGCCUUCUGACUGGAAGACGUUGCAUAGAAAGUGCCUGAAGACCAAGACUCUGCUGCAGACUCCCAAAACCUCCUCACGUCCUCUCUGCCAAAUCUAGGAUCAUGUCGGGCACCUAUGACGAGUCGGCCAGCCAGGAGGAUGGCACAGACAGCUUCUGGGAGGUGGGAAACUAUAAGCGUGCUGUGAAGCGGAUUGAUGAUGGCCACCGGCUCUGCAAUGACCUGAUGAACUGUAUACAAGAGCGAGCCAAAAUCGAGAAGGCCUACAGCCAGCAGCUGACCGACUGGUCUAAGAGAUGGAGACAACUGGUGGAUAAAGGGCCCCAGUACGGCAGUGUGGAGAGGGCCUGGGUGGCAAUGAUGACCGAGGCUGAGAAGGUGAGUGAGCUGCACCAGGAUGUGAAGAACGGACUGCUCAACAAUGACUUUGAGAAGGUGAAGAACUGGCAGAAGGACUCCUACCACAAACAGAUGAUGGGAGGCUUCAAGGAAACCAAGGAGGCAGAGGAGGGCUUCAAGAAAGCCCAGAAACCAUGGGCCAAGAAGCUCAAGGAGCUUGAGACUGCCAAGAAGACGUACCACCUGGCGUGUAAGGAGGAGAAGGUGGCGUCCAGCAGAGAGGCCAACAGCAAGGCAGACACCUCAGUCACAGCCGACCAGCAGAAGAAGCUCCUAGACAAGGUGGACAAGUGCAAGCAGGACUCUCAGAAGGCUAAGGAGAAGUAUGAGAAGACUCUGGAUGAGCUGAGGAAGUGUACACCCCAGUACAUGGAGAACAUGGAGACAGUGUUUGACACGUGUCAGCAGUUUGAGGAGAAGAGACUGAGCUUCCUCAGGGAGGUGCUGCUGGACAUCAAACGACACCUCAACCUCACCGAGAACCAAAGUUACGCCACAGUGUACAGAGACCUGGACCACACCAUCACCUCUGCCAGUGCACAAGAUGACCUGAAGUGGUUCAGCAACAACCACGGCCCUGGUAUGCAUAUGAACUGGCCCCAGUUUGAGGAGUACAAUCCAGAGCUCACUCACAUGAUCAGCAAACGAGAGAAGUCGAAGAAAGGGGCAGACGGUAUAAUGCUGACGAGCGUGACAGCAGCACCCAACCAUGUAGCAGCACCCAACCAUGUGGCAGCACCCAACCAUGUAGCAGCACCCAACCAUGUAGCAGCACCCAACCAUGUAGCAGCACCCAACCAUGUGGCAGCACCCAACCAUGUGGCAGCACCCAACCAUGUGGCAGCACCCAACCAUGUGGCAGCACCCAACCAUGUGGCAGCACCCAACCAUGUGGCAGCACCCAACCAUGUGGCAGCACCCAACCAUGUGGCAGCACCGGCUGGAGACAGGGGCAGUGUGAGCAGCUCUGAUAAGAACCAGGCCUCCCAGGACCAGUCGGCAGAGUGGUCAGACGAUGAGCAGGCCGCGCCAAACUCAGGCUCAGACACCAAUGGGGGUGGAGCCAACCCCUUUGAGGACGAGUCAGCGAAGGGCGUACGGGUGAGGGCGCUGUACGACUACGACGGGCAGGAACAGGAUGAACUCACCUUUAAAGCAGGAGACGAGCUAACUAAACUAGAAGACGAGGAUGAGCAGGGCUGGUGUAAAGGCCUGUUGGACAGUGGCAAGUUGGGUUUAUAUCCUGCUAAUUACGUAGAGCCCAUCUAGUUGGGUUUAUAUCCUGCUAAUUACGUAGAGCCCAUUUUGUUGGGCUUAUAUCCUGUUAAUUACGUAGAGCCCAUCUAGUUGCUUGGGUCACCCAGACUGAACUAUCCAAUCAUACUGCACAUUGCCAGAGACUUCAAUGCAACGCUUCCCUGUUCCCCCUCUCUGCCUGACCAACCAACACACUGACUGAGCAGUCUUUUUUAAACACUCCCCUAGGACCCACAUCAGAGAAACACAGCACCAACAUAACCAACACAUAUCAGCUACAACACUGGGAUUGUUAUCACAGUCAAACCAUGGCAGUAUGUGUGUACCAACAACACCACAACUCCUACGAGCGCAGGAAAAAUAUUCUGCCGUGUUCUAUUCAAAUGUGCUGUGGUUGUGAUGAAAUUUACCUGGCAGUAUGGAAGUAUGUUCCCUCGUAACACUAGUGAUAUGGUAUAGUCAAUGGUGCCUGCAUAGCCAGAAUAAGCUAUGCACUGUGCAUUGUAAAUAUUAGCAGAUUUUUUUUGCAACCUGGAUGCUAUGCGAAACUGUACAGUCCUGUUUUUUUUGUUUUUUUUGCAUCUGUCAUUCCAUGUAAGGCUUUAAAUAUGCUGUACAGUACAACAGAUUCUCACUGUUUUUCUAUCUUUUCUAUGUGAGUUGCUCCUGUGUUGAGUGUUAUGCAGUGUUUGGUGUUUUCCCCCUGAAGUCCCCCUGAGCAGCAGCAGCAGCAUGUCCUACUGGAUCACAAUAAUGACAUUUAGCUGAUCCUUGACAAAUCACUGUCGAGCGGAGCAGAGCAGUACUACACUGUCGAGCGGAGCAGAGCAGUACUACACUGUUGAGCGGAGCAGAGCAGUACUACACUGUUGAGCGGAGCAGAGCAGUACUACACUGUUGAGUGGAGCAGAGCAGUACUACACUGUCGAGCGGAGCAGAGCAGUACUACACUGUUGAGCGGAGCAGAGCAGUACUACACUGUUGAGUGGAGCAGAGCAGUACUACACUGUCGAGCGGAGCAGAGCAGUACUACACUGUUGAGCGGAGCAGAGCAGUACUACACUGUUGAGUGGAGCAGAGCAGUACUACACUGUUGAGCGGAGCAGAGCAGUACUACACUGUUGAGCGGAGCAGAGCAGUACUACACUGUCGAGCGGAGCAGAGCAGUACUACACUGUUGAGUGGAGCAGAGCAGUACUACACUGUUGAGUGGAGCAGAGCAGUACUACACUGUUGAGCGGAGCAGAGCAGUACUACACUGUUGAGUGGAGCAGAGCAGUACUACACUGUUGAGCGGAGCAGAGCAGUACUACACUGUCGAGCGGAGCAGAGCAGUACUACACUGUUGAGUGGAGCAGAGCAGUACUACACUGUUGAGCGGAGCAGAGCAGUACUACACUGUUGAGCGGAGCAGAGCAGUACUACACUGUUGAGUGGAGCAGAGCAGUACUACACUGUUGAGCGGAGCAGAGCAGUACUACACUGUUGAGUGGAGCAGAGCAGUACUACACUGUUGAGUGGAGCAGAGCAGUACUACACUGUUGAGCCUUGUUCAGUGUAACGGUAUACAACAGUGUUUCUCUACACUGGUAAGCUUGGAUGCCUGUUUAUGUUGAGAACCUGCUCUCAAGAUCAGAUGAAAUCAGUGUCUGUGACGCACUCAGGCGUAGUGGGUGCGGAGUCAGGCGCAGAAGGCAGAAGGUACAGAAUAGUGCUUUUAUUUAGGCACAGUGAAAAUCGUAUGCGCCAAAUACCGGGCGCACAUCCACGAUUGGCCCAAAAACAGGACCUAACUAGUCCAGAGAAAAACCCAAAACGAAACGCACUACCACACAUAAACACAGUGGAAAAAUAAGCCCGCACAAAGAGCAGGCGGUCCUUACCGGCUUAAAUAGCCCAACUACAAACCUAAACAAGAAACAGGUGAAACCAAUAAGACAAAACCAACAGAAAAGGGAAAAGGGAACGGCGGCAGCUAGUAGACCGGUGACGACAACCGCCGAGCGCCGCCCGAACAGGAAGAGGAGCCACCUUCGGUAGGAGUCGUGACAGUCAGAUAACCACCUGAUGGACCACUCAGCAAUGUCCCAGGGACCGGUUCCCGUCGGACCAUGGAUCCUGGGAAUGACUGGUAUAGAAUACAUACCUUCCCCAAGGCAGCAUUGAGUGUACUUCUAGUACCUCUGACCAUGUCCCUCAUGUGCCUGUAAUUUCCUGUGUAAUUUCUUGACCCCACUGAUUUCUGGACUCAUCACUUCUAGUACCUCUGACCAUGUGUUGGGUUUAGGUGUGAGAGCAUGUGAACAACACCCCCUUCCUUUUUUCUGGUUACAUGUUUACAGCAGUGGCUUUUUAGAAGGGUCAGGGUUCAAACAUUAAUUAGCCUACGUGUGCCUCCACAAAGGUUUAGCACAAAUACAAAAAUGAUCCAACACCACCCUACUCCAUCAAUGGUGAAACGGGAAUAGGCUUGUCAUCAGAAAGGGACUGUCCCUGACCAAAUUAAAGGAGCCAAAGAAAUGUGGGAAUAUGAGCUAAUUCUGGGAAUUUGCUGUAUGGAUGAUCACAUUUACAGUAACAAUCCAACGAGAGCCCCACUUCCCCAUGGGAGAUACUAGAUCCUGUCUCCUCUGGCUCAACACUGUAACCAUAACUGCUUUUGUUGCCAUGGCUUCAGUUUAUUAUACGACUUCUAUGUCCUGUCUUUUUUCUGAAUGAAAAUGAUGUCACGUUUACUGUG